AUGGCCAACAGUUUAAAUUUCAUAACUACAUGUGUUUUCAUUCUGUUUUGGUCAUCAGCUUUAGGAACCCGAACGUAUUUCUCUUAUAACGUAACAACUUCAAUUUUGGCUGAUUCUAAUGCCGUUGGCAUCUGCCAAUCAAUGGUGCAGCCACGUGGCUAUAAUUGUGAAGAACAUAAAGUGACGACUAUAGAUGGUUAUAUUCUAAGUUUACAAAGAAUACCAUUAGGGCGGGCGGGUGGCACGAAGGGCAGUAGGGUACCCGUUCUUUUGCAACAUGGUCUCCUUAUGGACGGUAUAACAUGGCUCUUAAGCCCACCAGACCAGUCGUUGGCUUUGGUUUUAGCUGAUAAUGGCUUUGAUGUGUGGAUUGUUAGUUCACGGGGAACUAAAUACAGCCGAGGUCAUGUAUCUCUUAAGCCUGACGAUGAGGCUUAUUGGGAAUGGACAUGGGACGAGUUAGCAGCUUAUGAUCUUCCAGCUACAUUUCAGUAUGUUUAUGGUCAGACAGGCCAGAAACUACAUUAUGUUGGCCACUCGUUGGGAACUUUGACUGCAAUGGCUGCAUUAUCAAAAGGGCAGCUUGUAAGCGUGAUUAGGUCUGCAGCAUUGCUUAGUCCCGUUGCAUAUGUGGGCCAAAUCACUUCCCCGUUAGGCAGAACUGCUGCUGAAACCUUCAUAGCUGAAGCUUUGAAAUGGUUGGGCCUUCACGAGUUCAAUCCAAAAGGGGAUAUUGUGACCAAGUUUCUCAAAAAAAUAUGCGCGAGACCACACAUUGAUUGUACAAACUUGUUGAAUUCAUUCACAGGCAAAAACUGUUGCUUGAAGCCUUCAAUAGUUGAUAUUUUUCUAGACCACGAGCCUCAGCCUAGCUCUACAAAGAAUAUGAUGCAUGUAGCUCAAAUGAUAAGACAAGGGACGAUCCAAAUGUAUGAUUAUAAUGACGCUGGGAAAAACAGGAGGCGCUAUGGACAGCCUACACCCCCAACUUACAACAUGGCAAACAUACCGAAGAAUGUUCCACUUUUCCUUAGCCAUGGUGGCGCUGAUGCCCUUUCUGAUGUUGAAGAUGUAAAGCAUUUGUUAAGAACACUUAAAGAUCACGACCGUAACAAGAUUGUGGUUCAAUAUACGAGUGGUUAUGCUCAUGCUGAUUUUGUUAUGGCCACAAAUGCUAGACAAGUUGUUUAUGAACCUCUUAUGGCAUUUUUCAAUCACUAUUGA